UUUUUCUUGGCAGAGUGGCGAGGUGUCAUUUACGAUCUCGACCCAUCACUCUACAUUCUACUCCACUACUUCUGCACUACCGCCCGAGUACCGGUGUUCUGGUGUUCAAUAAUUAUUUGUACUUUUGUAGCACGUUUACAGGCCUCCUCCUCCUGGAGCUGCUUGGCCUGUUUUCUGGUGGCCAUUGAGAUCAACAACUCUCUAUCCCUCUGCAUGUUUCAUAGAAAUCACUGUACCACUACCGGUAGUUUUGCUAUCCGCUAGUGAAUCCAGGCUCGCCGUCUUGAGAUUUUUCGUUCAUCGUUCACUCCGUUUGGUAGCGUUGGUGGUGCGUACGCACGCCGCACACCGGUACUCGGUGAGAGAAGGAGAAGACCGCCAGCGAUCUGGGCGAUGCACUGACCGCGCUGAUCUAGCGAGGACGAGAACGAGUACUAGUAUUUUGCUUCCUGCGACGUUCAUUGGGAGUCAGCGUCAUGCCAGAUAUCCUUCUAUGUCGUCUGGAGCUCUUAGAUGAGACUGAUAUAACUCUAGAUUUGAGUAAAAAGGCAUUUGGGCACCAACUGCUGGAAGAAGCAUUUCGCUACGUCAGCGUGAGAGAAAAGGACUAUUUUGGGCUCCGAUUUGAAAAUGAGAAAGGUUUGAAGGAAUGGCUGGAUGCGCUGAAACCGAUCAAGAAACAACUGCGAGAUGCUGCCCAUUCCUUCAAGUUCCUGGUUAAGUUCUAUCCUUCCAAGCCGAGUGACCUCCAGGAUGAAGCAACACGAUACCUCUUCUGCCUUCAACUUCGGAAAGACCUCAUCAAUGGAAGACUGCCGUGCUCUGUUGACACUGCCACUCUUCUAGCUUCUCUGGCAGUUCAGUCUGAGUUUGGCGAAUAUGACCCGUUAGAGCAUGAUGAUGGGUACUUGGAAUCCUUCUCGAUGCUGGACAAUGAGCCACCCGAGUUUGUUGAGCGUGUUGCAAAGCUACAUGCGACUCAUGGGAAAAUGGUGCCAACUGAAGCAGAUUAUAUGUUCAUUGAGGAGUGCAGCAAGCUGAGCUUCUAUGGAAUUCAUUUCUACAACACAAUGCUUGACAAGAAAGAGUCGAAAGGAAAGCUUGGUGUGUCCCACGAGGGCAUUUCGGUGUUUGAAGGUGAUUUGCCGCACCUUCACUUGAAGAUCAUACAUCAGUGGUUCAAGGUGACAGAAGUCUUCUUCCAUCGCAAGAAGCUAGGCCUCACCGUGGCAGUGGACGAGAAGACGUGUACGGGUAGCAGCAGCGAGACAUUCCACUUUCGAUUUGAGCGAGAGAGCCUCUGCAAGAUUGUGUGGAAGAGCAUAGUUGAACAUCACACGUUCUUCAGGAGACAUAAACCUGACGAACUUCCAAAGGAUUCGUUGUUCAAUCGAACCAUGAGCCAUCGAUAUAGUGGAAGAACACAAAAGCAGGUGAUUGACGAUGCAUUCCUCCCUGAUGGCACGAAGAAACCCGAGGCAGAAUUCGCCAGAACUUCAAGUUUGACACGCCAGCACUUUAGAGUGGCUGCACCAAGAUACACCAGCGCUUCUUCGCUCCAUGCCCGCGCAAAACUGGCUAAGGAUGUUUCUCCUGUGCCAUCACCAAGCAAGCUUAGAUCUCCAGCAUCAAUGUGUUCCCUGGGUGCUGGAAAUGGGCGUGCUUUGUCAAAUGGCUCUGGAUCUCCUGCCUACACACCGUCACCAUCAUCAGACUUUGAAGGCCGGGCAUCGCUAAGUGCUGUUGUGCUAUGACACCUGCAGCUACCUAUAUUGAAAUAAUGAUCGGACAAUGGAUAUUGUACUGCGCAUUGCAUAUGGUUCACUCAACUAAACAAUUCGACCACCAUGCGUUUCUGCAGCACCACCACCAUAGAAAUUGCAAUAUGAGUCGUGUUGGUGAACCAUCAUACGGUGUGCUCAGACGUACCACGAGACUCCCUUGACUAACAAUAUCUGAGAUUUCUGACACUGCACAGUGGUUAAAUGGCCAAGCAAAAUACUAGUUAUCGCUUACUUCCGUUCGUAGGUGUAUAGUGUAUGGGAUACAUACUUUGUACACAUCGCUGCUCGAGGAUCUUUUCUUGCUGCAGCCGAACACCGAGUGUCUUUCUCUGGGCACUACAGCAGGUGCCGGGCAUCUGCGCACCAGCAUUCCUCCGGUGUGCCGUAACUAUUUUAAUAUUUAUACAGUAGGUUGCAGUGGAGGAUCUGCUGGCUUAUCAUGGCUGCAAGUGUAUUGGCUGCUCGUUGAUGCUGAUAAUGUGUAUUGCUAUGUAUUUCUUGAGCUACUCUGGUUUAUGAAGCUGUGUCUUCGGGCAGUCGCUGAUCACGGAGUGUAUCCCGCUGUAAGAGUGCAUGUUUGUGGAGAUGGUAGACUAUUUUCUUCUUGAGACUUUAGAACACUGCUGAAUAGAAACAUUUAGCUGCUUUCUCAUGAAGGAAAAUGCUUUUCUAUACGCAUGUAGUGGGCUACGCAUGUUUGAUGCAAUCAUCAAGAAAUCUUGCCUGUUCCUGGCCGGAGUGAUGGUGAAGCCUUGACAAUAAGUAUAUAGUUGCUCCUGGCUUAUGGAUAUUAACUCAUAGCGAAUAUGGUUUAUACUGCUUUUUCUAGCAAGCUGGUUGCUUGCUCUUUCGUAGAAACAGAAACAUUGUUCUCUUUCAACUCCUGAUUGUUAACUUUUUUUCUGGGAUA